UAAAGAUUGGAGACACCGGGCCUUAGUUUUGAAUGUGAAUUGGGAAGCGAGACGCGGCUGGCAUGGUUCUCUAGACUUACUUUUACCUCCUCUCAGCCUCGGUCUCAGCCACCUCUCGAUGCAUCGGCAAUCAACCCUUGGAAUAUUCAUGAAUGGGUUCCUCACCGCCUUCCGGUGCCCAAAGAUGAGAGAUCCGACGGCCAUUAUCAACCCCAAACCAGAGACCCUCCUCUUUAUCCUCAAAUCCUUCUCUUCCGUCGUCUCUCUUCCCCUCGACCACCUCCACGACCCACACGAUCUCCCCUCUCAGCUUUUCUCCAUCCUCUCUCGCCCCAAUUGGCAGAAACACCCCUCCCUCAAGAAACUUAUCCCUUCCAUAUCCCCCUUCCAUGUAUCCUCCCUCCUCUCCCUCGACCUCGAUCCCCAUACCGCCCUGGGGUUCUUCUAUUGGAUUGCCGAGAAGAAUCCCGGCUUCAAUCACAAUGUUCACUCCCAUUCUUCCCUGCUGAACAUUCUCUUGCGUUACGGUUUUCUCGGUCCCGCCGAGAAGAUUCGGAUUUCCAUGAUCAAGUCCUGCCAAUCGGUCGAUGAUGCUUAUUUUGUGUUGGACGUCCUGCGGAUAAUGAAUCGAGAGAAAGGUGAUUUUCAAUUUAAGCUUACCCUUAAGAGCUAUAAUAUGCUGUUAAUUUCGUUGUCUAAGUUCCUCAUGAUCGAGGAAAUGAAGCGUGUGUAUUUAGAGAUGUUGGAGGAUUUGAUAUCUCCAAAUAUAUUUACGUUCAAUACAAUGGUUAAUGGGCAUUGUAAAUUAGGGAAUGUGGCUGAGGCUGGGUUGUACGUGAAUAAGAUAGUGCAAGCGGGGUUGAGUCCAGAUACUUUUACAUACACUUCGUUGAUAUUGGGGCAUUGUAGGAAUAAGGAUGUAGACAGUGCUUAUAGUGUAUUUAAGCUUAUGCCGCAAAAGGGUUGUAAGAGAAAUGAGGUUUCAUAUACUAAUUUGAUCCACGGACUUUGUGAAGCUGCACGUGUUGAUGAGGCUCUUAAGUUGUUUUUCCAAAUGGGUGAGGAUAAUUGUCGCCCAACCGUUCGGACUUACACAGUUAUCAUAUGUGCAUUGUGUGGAUUGGGUAGGAAAGUAGAAGCCUUGAAGUUUUUUGAGGAGAUGACGGAGAAAGGUUGUGAGCCAAAUGUUCAUACUUAUACUGUUCUAAUUGAUAACAUGUGUAAGGAACAUAGGCUUGAUGAGGCAAGAAAAAUGUUAAAUGGGAUGUUGGAGAAACGGUUGGUUCCAACUGUGGUCACAUACAAUGCGUUGAUUAAUGGUUUUUGCAAGGAGGGAAUGACUCAAGAUGCAUUAGAAAUUUUGGGUUUGAUGGAGUCAAGUAAGUGUAGUCCAAAUGCUCGCACAUAUAAUGAGUUGAUAUAUGGAUUUUGUAAGAAGAAAAAUGUGCACAAGGCAAUGGCAUUGCUUCAUAAGAUGAUAGAGCUUAAGCUUUCACCAAACCUGAUUACAUAUAACUCCUUAAUCUAUGGGCAGUGUAGCGCAGGUCAAUUAGAUACUGCAUUUAGGUUGCUUUGUUUGAUGAUUGAAAAUGGUUUAGUUCCUGAUGAGUGGACUUAUAGUGUUUUCAUAGACACUCUUUGUAAAAGAGGGAGGGUAGAAGAAGCGCGUGCCCUCUUUGACUCCUCUGAGGGGAAGAAAAUAAAGCCAAAUGAAGUGAUAUAUACCGCUUUGAUUGAUGGGUACUACAAGGUUGGGAGAAUAGAUGAUGCUCAAUCUCUUCUCAAUAGAAUGCGUACUGAGAACUGUUUGCCAAACUCAGCCACUUACAAUGUCUUGAUAGAUGGUUUGUGCAAAGAGAAAAAAAUAAAGGAAGCAUUGUUGCUGGUGGAUGAGAUGUCAAAGAUGGAGGUGAAGCCCACUGUUGUAACUUACACAAUUCUCAUUGAAGUAAUGUUGAAUGAAGGUGACUUUGAUCAUGCUCAUAGGGUUUUCAAUCAUAUGGUGUCAUUGGGAUAUCAGCCUGAUGUAUUUACUUACACUGCAUUUAUUCAUGCAUAUUGCAACCAAGGGAGAUUGAAAGAAGCAGAGGAUGUGAUGGCCAAGAUGAAUGAAGAAAAAAUAUUCCCAGAUUCACUAACAUAUACACUGCUACUAGAUGCAUAUGGACAUAUGGGAUUAAUGCAUAGUGCACUUAAUGUUCUAAAGCGCAUGUUUGAUGCCGGUUGUGAGCCAUCACAUUAUACCUAUUCCUAUUUAAUCAAGCAUCUCUCAAAUGAACGGCGGAUAAAUGAAAAUAGCAAUUCUGUGGGACCUGAUUUGGUCUCAAGCACUAAACCAACCAAUAUUGCAGAUGUUUGGAAAAUAAUGGAAUUUGAAAAUGCUUUGGAUCUCUUUGAGAAAAUGGCUGAACGGGGUUGUGAGCCCAAUGUUAACACCUAUGCCAAGCUCAUUAAAGGACUUUGCAAAGUUAGGCGCUUAGAAGUAGCAGAACAAUUAUUUAAUCAUAUGCGAGAAAGAGGAUUGUUUCCUUCUGAAGAUAUCUAUAACUCAAUUCUUAAUUGUUGCUGUGUGUUGGGAAUAUUUGGGAAAGCUGUAGGAUUCGUGGAUACAAUGGUUGGGCUUGGUCAUUUACCACAUUUAGAGUCAUACAGGAUGCUUGUUUGUGGGCUGUAUGAGGAAGGAAACAAAGAGAAGGCUGAAACAGUAUUUUCUAAUAUGCUUCACUGUGGGUAUAAUCACGAUGAAGUAGCUUGGAAACUUCUUAUUGAUGGUUUACUUCAGAGGGGCCUGGUUAAUAGGUGCUCAGAGCUGUUUGAAAUCAUGGAAAAAAAGGGUUUUCAGGUUCAUUCUCAUACAUAUUCGAUGUUGAUCGAGGGACUUGAUAGAACGUAAGCUAUUGCUUCUCGGUAUAGUAUCCAUUGAAAUGGUGAUUUUUAUGUUGAAGGGGGGCCUUUCCCAUUGUUCUCUUCUUUGAUGAUGGAGGCUAAUAAUAUAUUGGUGGAACACCACAUUCUUUAGACAAUAUUUCAAAAUGAACGAGUGUUAUAUUGUUCUACCUGAGGAAUUCAUGUUAGGUUGACAGUAAUAGAGCAGCUGCAUUCUGAGAGAGAAAUUGGGAUGUUUCAUCGGCUGGCUGUAGCAAUAGCACCACAUGAGGCACAGACAAUUAAAGAUCAGGAGGAAUUAAGAAUUUUGCCGAUCCUUGAGCACAUGGUGCUCUAGUCUUCCAUCUCUGGGACUAAAUGAAAGGACUUUCACGUGCAUAUAUGUGAAGCUAACCAAUGCAAAUACAGAUGACUGAGGCCAUAUAUUACGGGAAAGGAUGAAAAGAGCAGAAAGAGUUGAUAGCAUUUCUGCCAUAACUGUUCAAUUAGCAAUGGGGCAACAGCAUUGAAC